AUGGAUGUUGGUAACGAUGGCCUGAUUUCCCUCAAGGACGAAAUUGCGGACCUUGAGAGUCGCUUGAACAAAGCGCGGACCAAUCUCAUCGCCGCCUCCAAUAAGCCGGAUAGCUCACCUAGCGGUACCCAAGCGUCUACUAUCCACGCAUGGACAGCCGCAAGCACCUUGCCGUUUGUGAUAGCUGCGUAUAAGACGCCCAUAGAUUCGCCCAUUCUCGACGAUAUCUUUGAUGCUUCUACAACUUGCUCCGUCGCUCGGCGUGCUAGCAUCUCACAAGGCCGCGCACUCCUAAGCGUCUUCGAGAAGUCAUUUUCAACAUCGUUGCCGACUUCACCACCAGACAUGGAGGCAUUCGAAACUUACCGCCAAUCGCUUCGCUCGAAGAUUUCCGAGGAGCGCGCGAACGGCCACUUCGGGGUUUCUUGGGGAUUGGGCCGUAUCAAGGCCAAGCUUUGCUAG